AAGAGAAACAUUUCGUCGCAGUUUAGUUUGCCGCAGGAACCUUUCGUGUUAAGUUGUGAUUUUCUUCCUUUGAAAAGGAUAACUCUGUGAAAUUGAAGAAUAGAAAAACCGUCAUCGAGAAGGGAGUAUUCGAAUUCAGGACGGACUUGAAUUUUAAAGAAAGGGUCGGACCACUUUGAGUUCCAAUUUCCAAAAAAAAAAUGUAAUACAUAGAGAACUCGGAAAAUGAAUAAUUUUGAAAUUUAAAUACUGCUUUGAAGUGUUAUCCUUAUCUGUCCCACUUUUGGGUCUUUGUGUUGUCAUUGUUUUUGUUUUCUAGGAUUCACUAGAUUAAAGAAAAAAAAAUACUUUGGUUAUUGAUUUUAUCACUCAUAUCCAGUGCUAUUUAGAAAUAUUUGUCCACCCAAUAAGUCCGUCGGAAUAUUGAAGAAGUCGAAGAAGGGGGAAUAAAAAUUGUGUGUUCACUCGGUCGUAUACGUAACCUUUUUCUGGUGUUUUUUUAAUUUUUUAUUCUAUGUGGCCCUUUGAUGACCCUUUCAAUCUUAAAUUCCAAACCAAAUUUAGGGAAGUGUCAGUGCUGGUGUUGAUAAAUCUAAAAUGAAGAAAAAGAACACUCUUAUUGUUGUUGGGUGAGAGUGAUGUUCGUAUAACCUACAUUUAACAGAAUUUAAAAGAGAAUUAACCCUUAAAAAAUAAGGGAGAGCCCAACGGCAUAGAUAAGUUUUUUGAAACCGACCCCAAAGAAUUACGCUAUCCAUCUCGUGAAAAUUUAAUGGUUCUAGUGCUUUUUUUGUUGUAUUAUUCUGUUCUACUCGUCGUCGUCAGUCAUCGUCCGUCGCGUCAGUCCUUAGUCGUCACUCGUCUCAUUUCUCAGUGUUUAUUUUAUUUUUUGGGUUGAGUGUUUUUAUGUGAGUGCGAAAGAAGGGGGCGUAAAAAAUAAGGGAAUGUCCUUUCUGUCAUAUGAAAACCCGACACAAGAUGAUGAUGAUGAAAAAAUGUAAAUAACAUGUCAGAAGGAUGUUUUUGCAACGGUGUGGAAGAGUUAAUGAAAACGUUUUGUAUGUUAGAUUGCUGCACAUACCAUCUGUGAAUUGUCCUGAAAAAUAAAUAAAAUAUAUAUAAAAUGAAAUAAAAUUCAAAAUGAUUUAAAUGUUAAUUUUGUGUGUGUGUUUCAAGUGUUAAAGGCAUUUAUCAAAGACUUUCUACAUCAGCUAUCUACUUCUACACCGUAUAUAAUAUAAAUAAUAGCAAAAGGAUUCGUUAUCCUGCCGAAGAAGGAUUAGAAUGAACUACGAACAUUUAAAGAACGAUCACUUCGAACCAAGAUCCACAUUAUUCCACGACGAAAGGAAAACGCCACCAUUAACCCCAGCACCACCGUCUACACCCAGAAGUAAGACAAAAGGAAACGUUCAAACUCCAGCUGCAAUGACCGUUUCUGUAACGCAUGUCACGCAAGGUGCAUCAGUCGUCACAACCAGAACCACCACCGCAACAUCAACAGCAACAACAACAACACAACAACCAGCAACGACUCGCUCAAAGGCCACCACAAUGAUGGCCCUUGCAAUGGGACGUUCUCAAAGUCCAGGUAAUUCAAGUGGAUCGGACACCGAUGGUUUCGCAAGUUCCUCUGCCUCGGCAACAGCACUCAGAAGGAUGUACUUUAAAAGUGGGCGCAGUGCCAAGACAAAGCUGAACUCGACCAUGCCGUGCACCGGCAGCACUAAUAAUGCCACUGCCUCCAAUGGUACCACCGUCGUCGUCCACCAUCAUCAUAAUUCGGUUGCAGCUGCCUCUGCUGCGGCAUCAUCUACUGCCACUGCAUCGUCAGGAGCUGCGCUAUCAUCCUCAAGUGUACCUAAGGUUGUUAUUAUGGGAUCAUCUACAGCGUCCAUGACCGACACUAAUAUCAAUACGUCAACAGAUUCAGCUUCCACUCUCGUUACAAGUGUUGCUGCUACAGAUACCUCCGAGACAUGUGAUUCCUUGGAUAUGGGUGAUACAUCCGGACAGAGUGAACCUAUUUUCAGUUCAAUAGAAGAACCCCUCCUAACCGCCAUUCAUGCAGGCGACUCUGAACUGGAUUCCAAUGAGAUGGAACUAACCAGCACAAUGUAUUUUGGUCCUCGUAUGAAUGCCCAAGAAAGUAUCGAGAGUCAAGAGUCUUCAUUGUCGAUUCAGGUGGAACCGACGUCCACAACGCCUUUGCUCUCCCACAAGACUCCCCGAACGGCUCCCCUGUCCAGCAACUCUUCCAACCACUUUCCCUUCGAUAAGCCCAUUUCGCCGAAGAGCGCACGCACUACGGAAAAGAACAAGUCCCUAUUUAAUUUUAAGGACGCUGAAGUGUUCUUAGAGAAGCAACGGCGUAAGUCGGCGUAUGAAAUGGUUCAAAAUCACGACGAUGGGUGUCGCAGGGAGAACUCCACUCGCAGCUAUCAUUCGCGAAGAAGAGAAUCAUCGGCGAAUGAGAAGGAGAAACGCCGCUCAAUUCGUGAGUCCUCGCCGAGUAAGAAUAAGACGCACAAAGAGUCCUCGAACAACCGCAACAAUCGCUGCUACGACGAAGACGAAAUCACUUAUGACUAUGACUACGACCACUCGAACGAAGACGAUAUCAAGAAGCAGAAGAAAGAGCCGAAGUUCCGCACAAAAUCGGCCAGUCGUCACGCUAGCAAUAUGAAAACCAGUCCCAAGCGGGACCGUCGACAGAUCAAUUCCGCUCCAGCUGUAACGUCCAAGGAGAAGUUCUUCAGCAAGCAACAACAACUAUCACCGUCCAGCGGAACCCAUCAACAGCAGCAACAACAGCAACACACAAAUCGCAAAUAUUCAUCGUCGUCUUCGUCGAGCAGCGAUCGGAAAGACAUAACUAUGUUUCCCUUUGACAGGGAAGCUCUGGAUUAUGAGCGCAUUCAGCGGGAAUGCUUCGCAGUCGACGAAGACCCCAACGAUACCAGCUCGACCACAAGUUCCACAGACAGCGAGGAUCACAAUGCCUCCGUAUACGAACGGAAACCCAUGUACGUGUCUCCGUCGAAGGCGAUCCUCAAUGCCUGCUCGAUCAAGAGCAAUGAUAUCUUCCAGCAAUACACCCUGCUAUCGCAGCAGGAAACCUUCCAUUCAUACGAACGCAGAAGUUCCAAAAGAAACCGUCCCGAUGCCGUGCACCAUCCUUCCAAAUACCACGAUCACCUGUCCACAUCAGAUGCCUUCUAUCCAAAGCCACCAACCAAUGGCGGUGAUUCAGCGCCCACAACCGCCAGCCUCACCUCACCAAAAUCACACGCCGAAUUGCACCGUUUCGACCAGAUCGUCUCGAAGUUCGAUCAGAUUCCUCCUAAAGCGGCCAUCGGCAAUGAUCAGUACCAAGGGUCCAAUGCCAAUAUUUAUGGCAGCACUCAAAACACCACCACCACCAACACACACAGCACCAGCAACCUUAACAACAACAACAAUCGAUGUUCUUCCCCAUUGAAUUUGGCCAAUAACGUGGGCAGCCCGAAUGGGUCAAUGCGCGGAACACCACCCCUACCUGAUCUGCGAGUUGACUUCUUCUCGGAAGCGUCUAAAAUGAACGCCAAGUCAUCAUCACAUCAUCAACUACCUGAGAAGGACCACGUUCAAUUUUUACACCAUCAUCACCAACAGCAACAGCAUCAGCAGCAGCAGCACGACAAUUUGGACGAUUGCCAGAGAUUAUCACUAAACGGUGCCGCUGCCGCCGCCAACACCGCCACAGCUGGUACAGCCGGCAAUGGAGGUCCUAUAAAUGUGACUGCCAAUCCCAUGGAAGCAGCAGUUUGUACGCAACCGCGAGCUACAAUAGUCGUUCAACAACCGUCCUUGAGCCUAGAUAGCGCGGUAGAGACGUUACUUAUAAAAAACGAGGGUGAUUUUGUGAGCGUUGAACAAGGCAAGGAUUCUCGGAAAAGGAACUCACAACAGCUUCACAUUCAACAGCAACUUAACCAUCAUCAUCAACAGCAACAACAACAAAACCAACAACAACAAUCCCAGACACAACAGCAACAACAACAACAACGUAGGGACGAAAAUAUGAGGCAAUUGCUAGAUGUUACAAACACCUUAACUUUUGAAGAGUUAAGGGAUUUCGAAAUGAGAUAUGGCUCCCCACAUCAUAGUCGAUCCCAAUCGGUUAAAACACCUGGUAGUAGAGCCUCAGGGAGGCCGAAUCAAUUAUGUUUGCCUCAACAAAGAUCUCGUGUGGCAUCAAUGCCAAAUACUGGCGUCGAGGAAGAGUACUAUAGACUGAGACAUUUUUCCAUAACUGGUAAAGGUGUCGUUAAUCGUGGUGAUUCGUUAAAGAGUCGUCGUAGUCGAUCAAAUAACAGUGUUGCCAGUUCAAAUUCAAGUACUGAACAUUUAACAGCAACACAAAUACCAGCACCAAGUUCAGCUCGCACUUCAGCUACCUGCAGUUUAGCAUCAAGUCGAGAGAGCAGCACAUCAAAUCCUGGCAGUGGUCCAUAUAGAGUUUUGAUGCUUGGUGGAUCUGCUGUUGGCAAGAGUUCAUUGGUAUCACAAUUUAUGACCUCAGAAUAUUUACAUGCCUACGACACAAGUAUUGAUGAUGAUUCUGGUGAAAAGUCUGUUUCAGUUCUUUUAAGCGGAGAAGAAUCCGAACUGAUUUUUAUUGACCAUCCAUACACGGACAUGACGCCGGAUGACUGUUUGACCAGCUAUGAUCCCCAUGGUUAUUGUGUUAUUUAUUCAUCAGCUGACCGUAGUAGUUUCACAAUUGCCGAAAGGGUUCUGCAAGUAUUAUGGACAAAUGAAAAUAUUGCACAAAAGGCUGUUAUUUUAGUUGGUAAUAAAGCUGAUUUGGCCAGAAGCAGGCAUAUUACAUCAGAAGAGGGCAAAGCAAUGGCAACUGCAUACGAUUGUAAAUUCAUCGAGACCUCGGUAGGAAUUAAUCAUAAUGUUGAUGAGCUUCUGGUUGGCCUUCUUUCGCAAAUUCGUCUUAAAUUGGAAAAUCCAGAAAAAUCAAGGGAUUUAUUCAGAAAACGUUCCACAAGGAAAUCAAAGCGAAGGGCCUGCUCACCACUGGGAGGAGCCUGCCUAACUGGCAACGGAGGCACUAAUCCAAAUACCCCUGUAGGACCGGCAAAUAAUGUGAUCGCAGAUGUUAGUACACCACCAGGAAGUUCACAUAGCAGUCCUAGAAAAUAUCGUGGAUCACGUACAUCGACCAGUCUGAAGGUUAAAGGGCUCCUAGGACGUGUUUGGGCAAGGGAUUCAAAGUCAAAGAGCUGUGAAAAUUUGCAUGUCCUUUAAGCAAAUAAAAUUCAGAGUUACUUCCUUUAUACCUUUAUAUAUAUUAACUGUGUUUAUGGUUUCAUCCCAUCUGUGUUCCGAGUGUUGAAAAAAAAAAACAAAAA